UGACGCGCAAUGCGUGUAUCGUUACAUAAUAUCGCAUUCCUCACUCGUACAUGUUCUUGAGUAGGCCUACAAGCUGUAGGCCUAUGUCAUUCGUACGGUACAGUGAUAGUUAUUUUUUCCUUUUUUACGAUUUUGGUCUUUUUGAUGUCUGCUAAAAUAUAAACGAAAUGGGAGUAAAAUGGAUGUGUUUGUUGUUUACAUUAACGGUAAUAACCGGCCAGAUACACGGCACAGUUGACGCCCGGGCACAAGGAUCAAGACUUUCUGCAAAUGUUCAGGCAAAGAGAGACCAAUAUGAGACAAGAAGUCUUUCAAAUGAAGAGGAGCAUGAUUCUCAUAGUGACAUCAACAAGAUAUGGAACUUGAUAAUGACAUUAGAAGUUGCAACAGCAAGACUCGAGAAAAUUCAAUCUGAACUCGACGGCAAGAUAACCAGCAUAGAGCAGGAACUGAUGAGUAAUCACGGGCUGGAUUCAGCCAGCUUGCUCCUUUCCCAGCCAGUGCCUGAUGAAGCUGUGGUGAACACGGACAUUAUGCAGGUAACUUUCAUGGAUCAGAUAGUCAUGCCUACGGUACCAGACCAAGAUGAUGGUGUAGGGCAAGGCACUCAAACGGUACCACUAGCACUGGAAGACCAGGUGUCUGUAAUUUCCGGAGAGCAACAGCAGCAGCAGCAAGACGACAAGCACAAAGAAAGUGAGCUUCUGCAACAAGACCACCUGCAGCAAACACAACCACAGUCGCAACAAGACCAACAGUCACAACCGCCGCCACUUCAACAAUCACCCACACAAUCCGAACCGUCGCAGGCAGAUCAGAAACAAUCACAGACAACCCAACUCCGACAAGAACAACCUACACAAGAACCGCCACUACAACAGAUUCAGCAAGGGGCUGCAGGAAGCGAGCUCAGUGAAAUAGAUAAAAUCAUCGCCUUGGCUAGUGGACUGUCGCGCCGUCAGAAAGCCCGGCCCUCCGGCCAAGUGAGAUCCUCUGCACGGAAUCCGCCCAUAUGGCAAGAUGACCGAAGAGCAAAGGUUCCCCCUUUUCUCGAGGCAAUAGCUCGAGAGGGACGAAUGGUUGAGAGAGAGGGACUGCCCUGGUUGUCUAUCAAGUAGGGAAAUUCCCCAAAAAAGCACGAGUAGAACCUUGGUUAUUUUGUUAAUGACACUAGAUUAUGACACCUGCCCUUAAUAUACUAACAUUUUAGAUGGACGCAUCCUAAUAUCCAAAUUAAAAAAAAAAUAUUAUUAGUAAAUAUAAUCAAUAAAGAAAAGCAUCAAUGUGAAACGAAGAGCUGUAUUUCAAAUUACGCUCAAGUAACAAUUAUGAAAUGAAAUUUACUGUGUUAUGUUAAAAAAGAACAAUGUCAUCGGAUUCAGUUAAGAUUUGUUGGAAACUGGAUAAAUCCUCAGUACACUGGAUAGUUAUUUCUGUUCUACUUAGGCUAAUACAGGUACUGAAUAUAUUCUUCGCCUAUUCUUCAUCUGCGUUCUGUCAAGUUUGAAAAUAAAACUCUAAUAUUUGUGAGCAGAUUUCACACUGAAUGAAUCAAAUUGAGGCACUAAUGUCCAAUGCAUUAUGAAUUUUGCAGUAAAAUAUACAAUUUAUAUAAAAUGAGACGAGUCCAUUGCUUUAA